AUGUUCAGGCCAAACGACUCCAGACCGCGGCCAGGCACUUUUGAGGAGCCGUUGGAUAGCGCCAACGAUGCCGCUGCACAGGCCGACCACGCGCGCAGACGCAGCUUUUCCCGUUUCAUCGGUGCUGACGUCCGCUCAGAGCGGCUAAGAGACGAAAUCGAGGAGUGGCACUACCACCUCGCCUAUAAUGAGCCCCUCUACAACAGUUUCGUCAGAGAUGCACGGGCUCUCAUUGAGCAUAUCGAAACCAUCAAUGCAGAUUUGAACCCUCUGGAGACGACCCUUCCGACAGAGGUCGCUGACGGGGCAAGACAACAUACAGGCGGCACACUCCUAUUCAGUCAGGCCAAAACUCUGGAAGACAGAUUAAAGCAAUUCAAAAUCAGACGGAACGGGCUUGUGGCAUUCCACGAGAGGCUGCGAAAUCGAUUUGGCGGCUUCGCGAGCCGUCUUGCCUGGAUCAAUGCUAACUUGGAUUGGCGACAGGACCAGAUACAGAGAAUUAGUGAGCGCAUGAGGCUCGAUGAACUUCUGAAGACCAUGGCGACCAUCAUGAAGAAGCUCAGACCGAGUGCUACUACAGCCUCGAUUGCUGCAACGAGCACGAUCAAAGAACCGCGCUUCAAGGGCAACAAGGUCGCAGGAAAAUACCCCGACUCGAUGCUCCGAGCUGCAGAUUACACGGCUCGCGAGCGUGCAAGGACUGCGCCAUCUGUCGGUUUGGGAAGCAUACCAUUGGACCCGCCCCCACCGACCUUGGAGAAGCGGUAUCAUUUGACUCCGAAGGACAGUGACUCGCCGACUAGCGACUCGGCAACUAGCGAAACGUCGUUUUUUCGCAAACACGGGUAUUAUGCCGUUACUCACCACCGGUGGACUGCUGACCUCGUGCACCCCUGGAACAUCGCCAAAACAUUUGCCGGGGGCAGCGAUACAACGAAGAUAAGGCUGUGCGUCCGUACCGAUGCCAACAACGCGGUUGUCGACCGGAUCGUGGAGAAGAACACCUAUUUCAAGGAAUUCCCAUGGGCGAGGACAACCAAUUGGGUGGGACAGACGCCUGCCACGACGUCGGACGAGAAGGAACUCGUGCCUGUUGAGUGGUUCACACAGGCCAAACUGUCGUCCCGUUCAGAUACUCAGGUUGUGGUUGGUGUGAGAUCGUAUCCGAGAAUAUCCCUUCAGCAAAGAAUCAUGCGCAUGUAUGUCGAGUACUGCGGCGAGGGCGACUUGAACGAUGUUUUCUCCGCCUAUCAUCUGCAACAGGGCUAUGUCCCUCUGCCGUUCCUUUGGGUCCUCUUCAAGGCGCUCGUUGAAGGGGGCCUACUCAUGAAGAAAGGAAGUACGACCGAAGCUGUCGACGAUUGGAAAGAGAUUGUACAUCGCGACUUGAAGACGGGUAACGUCUUCCUUGAUGUGCCCGAUCCUGGCGACUUCCCCUUGUACCCACGACCAAAGCUUGCGGAUUUCGGCCUUGCCAUCCUCGCCAGCGAAGAUGAUACUACCAAUCCUGUGCUAUACAAUACAGGCGAAGGGACGAGAGGGUUCAAGGCACCGGAGCAGAUCCGAUGGGUGGACGACACAUCCCGGCAGCCGGUCGACAGUUUCAAAGUCCUGUCUCCAGCAAACGUCUUUGGAAUCGGAAUGAUAAUGAGAUCGCUCAUGUGCCUUAGCUAUGAAGAUGACGAAAUCCCGGUGCGGUGCCUAACGAGAAAUAUUGCCAACAGAACCGUGUAUGAGCCUUUCGGAGAAGACACUGUAAGGCAGUAUGGCAUGGAUAUCUGCAACAAGGUUGAACAAUGCUUGUUGAUCAAUCCAGACGAACGCCCCGCGCUAGAGAGUCUGAACGAGCAACUGGAGGAAGUCAUGGUAACCGACAAGGGUGUGCGAGAUGCGCAAGCAAGCGAUGUGCAAGCAGGCGAAACACGAGAAACGUUACUGGGCAGAAAAGAGGUGGAGUACAAGAUCGGAAUGGCAUUGCAACCUCGUACGACCCCGUUUGGUGCCACCGAUAUCGCGGCCAUGGAAAAAGUCGCGGACAAUUUGAACAGACUAAGCGUGAAAGGGAGGGGCGUGAGAUGGCGGGUACUGAGAGGGAGGGUCGUGAAAAUGAACGGCGUGAGAACGGGCGACUGA